AAUCACAAUGGCGUUCGCCGAAGAGGCCGAUGUCGUUGGGACGAUGUAUGAUACGAGGACGACCGGGGAAGACCAGGAACCCCGAAAUAUGCCCGGCAGAAGUCAGGUAUUCAUGGGCCUGUUAGUUAGCGGUAGCCAAUACCUACCCUACCGUGUAUAAAGCCUGCGAGGUUUGCUGGUUUCUCGAAUUUGAGAGAUUGCUCUUCACGCGCGAUUGUCUUCCGCCCAUAGGUCAAGAUGGCAUCACUCGUGAUCCUCCUCGGCGCCGCCGCCACAGCCUCUUCUCAGUAUGUUCCCAUGCCGUGGGCAUACGUCCAGAAUGAGCCUCCUGUACAGGUCAAAGUCAACGCCGGCGUCCGAUAUCAGACCAUGAUGGGCGGCGGCUGCUCGGGUGCCUUCGGUGUCGCCUGUGACCAGACCGGGUCUCGUGGACUGUCUGCCGCUAACCAGCAGCUGGUCAGCGACUACCUGUUCAGCGAGAACAUCGGCGGAUUGUCGAUCCUCCGCAACCGCAUUGGGUCCAGCCCGACAGAUGGCAUCCUCGGCAGCUGUCCUGCGUCCCCCAGUGCGCCCGCUAACUACACCUUUGGCUCCGACGAGGACACGGCCGACAGCUGCCAGCUCAAGCUGACGCGCCAGGCCCUGAAAGCCAACCCAGACCUCUUCGUCUACGCCGACGCCUGGUCUGCUCCCGGCUGCUUCAAAACCGACGCGACGGACAUCAACGGCGGCUUCAUCUGCGGUGUCCGCGGCAGCAACUGCACGCACGACUGGCGCCAGGCCUACGCCGACUAUCUGGUCCAGUACGUCAAGGAAUACGAGCAGCGCGGCAUCAAAAUCGGCAUGCUCGGCGCCUACAACGAGCCCGACUUCAACCCCGUCACCUACGCCAGCAUGGACUCGGACGGCUACCAGGCCAAGGAUUUCCUCGAAGUCCUCUACCCCACGGUCAAGAAGUACCGCAAGGACCUGCUGGUGUCCUGCUGCGAUGCCACCGGUGCGCGCCAGGAGCGCGAUAUCCUCUACGAGCUGGAGUCGGCUGGCGGAGGCCACCUGUACGACGUUGCGACCUGGCACAACUACCAGAGCGAGCCGAAAGAGAAGUUCAACACGCAGGGCCAGCCCAACCUCCAGACGGAGUGGUCAGAUGGCAGCGGCAACUGGAACGACACUUGGGACACCACCGGUCAGCUCGCCGAGGGUUUCCAGUGGGCACUCUACAUGCACAACGCCUUCACCCGGAGCGACACGUCAGGCUAUCUGCACUGGUGGUGCUCGCAGGACAACAACGGCGGCAGCGGCAGCGACGCCGUGCUGAUCCGGCUGCAAGGCGACAGCUUCGACGUGUCGGCGCGGCUAUGGGCGUUCGCGGGCUACUUCCGCUUCGCGCGGCCGGGCGCGGUCCGCAUCGACGCCGCCAGCAGCGUGGAGACGCUGUACGUCAGCGCAUUCGAGAACACCAACGGCACCGUCGCCAUCCCCGUCAUCAACGCCGCCCACUUCGAGCGCGACGUCGACAUCGAGCUGGCCGGCUGCAACCUCAAGAAGCACACGGCCGUGGCGUACCUGGCCGACAACACUCAUAACAACACCAAGGUGGCGUCGUACCAGAUUCGGGGCUCCGGCUUCAAGGUUAGCGUGCCGCCGCGGUCCCUGACGACUUUCUUCGUGGAGUAAGAUGGCGAUAAAUUAGCGCGAGGAGUAUUUUCGUGGUAGAAACAUGAAUCAGAUAGUUAUACAACUGAUUUCUAUUCAAUCGACGGAGCCAGCAAACUAUGGAAAAGGAGAUAUGAGAAAGGAGUAG